UAAGCCUCUGUAUUCCUCAGCCAUUGAAGUCGAUCCUGGAUUGCUAAGUGAGAAAUGCAGUAAUCAAGCAAGAGAGAUCUUUCUUUUUGAAAUAUUUGCUGGUGAAGGUAUUCAAGUUUUUCAGCUUCUUAAAGUGGAUUACUAUACAAGCAGGAAUGAUCCAUCGGCUUGGGUUAAAACAGCAGAGGAAGCUUUUCUAUAAUUUAAUAGAAAGAGACUGUGGACCUUAUGAGAACACUUUAAGAACUACAUGAUUGGAUUAAGGGAGGCCUGAACUGUAAGAUUGAGGCAAUUUUCUUCAGGCUGGGAUGAACAUCUGCAGUAAACCACCUAAUAAGACAGCCCCAGAGAAGACUUCUGAAGCAACUUUUGAGGUUCAGUCCCAGCAUGCCCGGAGAAAUGGCUGGAGCUGGCCCCCACAUCCAUUCCAGUUUGUUGCCUGGCUACUUUACUUCUUCUUUGCACUGGUUGGUUUUGGCAUCCUUGUGCCACUCCUGCCCAUUCAUUGGAUAUCUGCUGGGUACAUUUGUCCUGGAGUCUUCUUUCUCUGCCAUCUAGUAGUUCACCUUACAGCAGUUUCCAUUGACCCAGCUGAUGACAGUGUGCGAAAGAAGAAUUACCAGGGGCCACUUACUGUGUUCAAUCGCAGCCAACAUGCUCAUGUCAUUGAAAAUCGUCACUGUCACAUCUGUGAUGUCGAUGUGAGCUCCAGAUCAAAACAUUGUGGGACCUGUAACAAAUGCGUAUGUGGAUUUGAUCAUCACUGCAUGUGGCUCAACAACUGUGUGGGAGAGAGAAAUUAUUGGCUGUUUCUCAACAGUGUAAUAUCUGCCAUCCUGGGCCUUCUCCUAAUCCUACUCGUUGCUUUCUAUGUCUUUGUUCAAUUCUUCCUUGAUCCCAUGAAGUUACGCACUGGACAGCACUUUGAAGGCUUGAAGAACCAAACAGAUGUCUGGUUUGUGUUCCUUCCUGCUGCUCCAAUUAAGACACAAGCACCUGCAAUUUUGACUUUGGCUGGUGUGCUGAUUCUUCUGGGGUUAUUGACUCUGUUCCUGUUGGGCCACCUGUUAGUCUUCCAUAUUUAUCUCAUGUGGCAUCGAAUGACUACCUAUGAAUAUAUUGUGCAGCAGCGUCCACCACAAGAGGUGAAGGAUCCUGAGAAGCAGCUGGAAUCCUGCCCUCCCCCAACAAGGCCCAUUCAGGAUAUGCAGUUUUAUGCAGGGAGUCUUGGUUAUACCAAUCCCGAGAUCCAGGUGGAGAACUCGUCAGGGUUACCAUCUGGGAGAGACCUACCCAAGUUUUGUAUCCGCAAUGAUGGCAUAGACUCCAAGACCAUACCGUCCUCUGAGCUUCCGGAUAUGCAGUCUGGAGACCAGCGACAGCUUCAAAAGAAAAAGAAGAAAAAGAAGCGGAAGAAGUCGCAGAAGGUUCCCUCCUCUGCGUUGGAAGAAAACUCCAAGGUGACACUUGCCCCAUGGACCUCUCUUCCAGUUUUACAGUCAGAAUUGUCCAUCACUACUGCCCCCUCUUCAGCCUCCUCAUCUUCCAGCCUUCGCCUCCCUGUACCAGCUGUUCCUCCUAAAGUAAUCGUACCCAUUAGCAGCAUGGGUCCAGUCCAAGCUGCAGGUCCUCCAGCUGAUUAUCAUUCUGAGUCAGCAGAGUCCAUGGAUGAGAUCCCUGUGGCUCAGACCCGUCUAGGGAGCAGCGCCACAAGUGGAGCUUCCAACAGUGGUACUCAGCGUCUUCCUUUCCCCACAGUCUACUCUAAGGGUGAAGGGGAGAAGCACCAAAACGCUGGGCAUGACACAAAAAGCAAGAACUCUCAGCCAGCCAUGGCGCAGCAAACGGAAGAGUUGGAACUGUCUCCUAAGAACCCAGCCGUAUUUGUGAGCAGAAGUAGUGGGGAACCCCCCGUCCCCAACCUCUGGUCUGGUGAGACAUCAUCUGAACCUCCUCACAGAAAGUGUUCCAGCAAACGGCAUGUCGAUGAUCAGAACUACCAUGUUUGGGAUUCAAGCACUGGUUCAACAGCAGCCUAGAUGCCUGGUGGCCUAAGAGCUAUAACAGCCAAGAGAGAAGCAAUGGUGUGUGGCCUGCUCACUCUCCAAAUAUAUUGGUGUUCAUGGAUUUAAUCUCGAGUGAUCUGUCUUGCUCUUUGGAGCAGGCUGGUAUUUUCCUUAUUAUUAAUGUGGAACUGGGCAAUUCCUUUCUUAUUGUAGUUCAUGAAGAUAAGUCAUUUUCCUCUGGAGGGCAGCCAGAGGGUGAAAGACUCCUUAAAAUUAGCAGUCUCCCUAACGUGCGUACCCAGGGCUUGAAGAUUUCAGGACUAAGCUUUGCAGAUGCUUAGCUUUGUAACCUGAGCUCUUGUAUAGACCUCAACAAAGCAAGCCCACUUCCCUGCAUUUCUUUGGGGGUGCCAAAAGUAGCUAUGUCAUACCGCCUAAGCAAAGUAGGGAGUUGGAAAGGGUACAUAUCCCCCUUUAUACUUUCCUCUGGGAAACAGUUCUGUGUUAUGAAGUCUGAAAGGAAGACACAAAGGUGGUUGUCCCCGCCUAGCUUUUUCCUUUUCUCUGACUGUUUAUUCUUGCCUUGCGAUGCAACCUCGGGUUUGGGGUUUUUUUAAAGGUUGGCAUGGAACAUUUGCCUAAAUUUAGAGAGGUUGGAGCCAGUUACUUCACUUCAACAGCUUCCCUUGUGAACCUCUUUCUUGGUAACCCAAAACUCUUCAUGUGCAUGGUGGAUCUUUGGGUGAGAAGAUCCAGCAUGAGACAUCUCUGACAGAUCUGGGAGCCAGGAAUGCAACAAGGCAGUUGUCUAUUCCAUGGUUCCUUGGACAUUUCAAGAGCCUUCUCAUAUUUUUCCUUUUAGGGAGGGACCAUGUUUUGUAUCCAAAAGGUUCCAGGUUCUUUCCUAACAUCUAGUUAAAGAGGAUUAAAUAGCAAUUUAUGGGAAAGACCUUUGCCUGAGACUCUGAAGCCACUGCUGGUCAGGGCAGAGUAUAAGACUAGAUGGACAGAUGGCCUGGCCUAGUAGAAGGUAGCUUCCAACAUUCAUGCAGCAAUAUUAUGGAGCGCUUUGAACAGCUCUGUUCUCAAUAAAUAUUUUU